CCUGUGUCUUGCUUGGCAGCACACGGCUAACUUAACGUAGGAGUUCUUGCAGAGCAGGACACACACACACACACACACGGACGCACAAUGGAGGAUACAUCACCAAAGAACCAGGGAGCGCAGCUGCAGGAAAUGAGCCCAAAAGAUGCGGGUGAGUGGGAGAAACCACCAUACUCGUAUGUUGCGCUCAUCGCCAUGGCCAUCAAUGACAGCUGGGGCAAGAGGGCAACUCUGAGCAUCAUUUAUGACUACAUCUCCUCCAGGUUCCCCUUCUAUCGCAAGAACAAGAAGAGCUGGCAAAACGGCAUCAGACACAAUUUGUCUCUGAAUGAAUGUUUCAUCAAGGUGCCCCAGGAGACAGAUUUGGGGAAGAAGCGCAACUACUGGAUGCUUGACCCCGCCUUUGAUGGCAUGUUCAAACAUGGCAACUACCGGCGCCGUCACAGGGUGAAGAAAGUUCAACCAGACCUGCUUUUCCUGUCGCCGCACUAUGUGGAUGCCUCCUGGGGAAUGUGUCAGCCUCGAUCACACCAACAGGUGCUCCAUCAAACCGAAGUGAGCUCCUACUUCCCACUGCCGCCGCCACCGCCGCCGCCUCACUUCCACCCUCUCUCCCCCUACGGGAUUUAUCACCAGCAGCCGGUUCUGGUGCCGCACAACGCAUAUCCAUACGGCACUGUGACCCAGCCAGUCAGCCCAGGCGGGGACACUGUGCUUGUGGGGUGCGGCUACCAGACCACAGAGGGGCGAGUUGAGCCCUUAGAGCAAUACAAUGGACAAAAGAAGACCAAUUCACUAUUUAGGUGGCAGCAGAGUUGAUGCUUCUUACUUUAUUCAAUAUUUAUCAAUCAAUCAAAGUGUAUUCAUAUAGUCCUUAAUCACAAGUGUCUCAAAAGGCUGCACAAGCCACAACAACAUCAGAUCCCACAUCAGGGCAAGAGAGAACUCAACCCAAUGGGAUACAAUUGGAAACCUUGGAGGGGACCACAGAUGUGGGCAAGCCCCCCCCCCCCCCCCCCUGUCCCCACCUGGGCGACCGGUGCAAUGGACGUCGAGUGGAUCUAGUUAAUAGUGUGAGAGUCACGUCAAUAGUGGGGCCAGCAGGAGAUCAUCUUGAGUAGAGACAAGUCGGCAACUGAUGCACAGAUGAGUGGUCCACCCUUGGUCCCGACUUUGAACAGUUAGCGGGUCAUCUGUGGUCACCUAACAACCUCUGCAUGCAGGAGAGGGGGGGGGGGGGCAGAGCAGAAAAGAGGCGGCAGAUCAACUGGUCUAAAAGGGGGAGGGGUCUAUUUAAAGGUUAGCACAUACAAAUUAUUUUUAAGAUUGUACUUAAAUGCUUAAAUGUACUUAUUAUGAGAUUACAAAUGACAUUAUUAUGUGGCUCCAGCACCCCCUGCAACCCUAAUAGGGACAAGCGGUAGAAAAUGGAUGGAUAUAUGGAUCAUUAUGCUGUUAACAGCCAGAUUCAGUGAUGUCCAUGAAGUGAAUGUUAUUUAUUUCAGUUUUUAGGCUCUUGUGCAAAAGUGUAUUGCACUUACAGCUGUUUUACUGGCUUGAUGUGAAGUGCAUCAUGUUUGGUGACUAAUAUCAUGUCUAGGCUGGCUCGCUCGAAGUCAGCUGGGAUAGGCUCCAGCUUAUACCUGUGAACCUAAUGAGAAUAAGCAUUAUAGAAAAUGAAUGAAUGUUGAAUAAAUAAAGUUGCACUGAAGUAUAGGCUGCAUAAUGUUUAUACUUGCACAAUUCAACAUGUCUGUGAAGCAGGGGCGUCAAACUCACGUUCAUCGAGGGCCACAUUGCAGAUACCAAAGACCUUGGAGGGCGGCUUCAUGAUUUUAUACACAAUUUCUACAUUGUUUGAUUAUUAUCAGUGUUUACCAACAAACUUAUGGAAAACUUGCUUUGGAAUCGAAAAUCAAAGUGACAACUUAAAUUAGGCUAAUGUAGAAUGUUCAUUAGAAAAGGGUUUUGAUGACAAAAAAGCAAGGAAUAGCUUGUUGCAUCAAAUAACAUUGAGUUAAGAAAUGCAUUUGCAUGCAUUUGUGCAUUUUUUAAAUGUCAAAAUGUAAAUACAUUUGUAAAUAAAGAUGAAAUGCCUUA